GUCUUAAAUGGAUCCUGUAAUCUACACGAGGACAGUUGUUGUUUUUAUCUUAUUAAUUCAAUGGACAACUUCUGACAGAAAUGCUCUCAAUACAGUUGCCACAUGUAAACAGACAACUGAGGAUAAAUAUCCAGGUCGUUCAAAGGAACAUGUGUCAAACCCUUCACCCUUACACGAGCUGUCUCUGCAACUGAGUGAAUCUGAAGCUUCACUCAUUAUAAAGUGGUUAAUUAAUAUUGACGGCAGCAUUCACAGUCUUAAUAGCACAUGGAUACAGUGGGAAGAUUUGGAUCAAACUUUAUAUUAUUCCUGUCAGUACCAUCCUCCAUUCACCUCUGAACAAAACAACCUCACUGGUCUACAACAGUUAUGGUUCAAUUUCACUGCGUCAGAUGUGUCUGUCCAUCCUUCAACUCAAUAUUUCAUCAACGCCAUCAAUCUGCCCCAGCCACCAUCUGAUCAAAAGGAGCAGUUUAUGAAAAGCAGAUGUGAAAGCAAACAAAUGAGCAAUCACCCAUGGUGCUCCAUAGGAAAGAAAAGUGCAAAAUCGUACAGUGGAAAUGAACUACAAGGGCAGCUGUGAAGAGCUUUUGAUAUCGGUGACUAUAAAUGGGUUUUGAAUCUGAUUUCUGUGCUACACCUCAUGUCAAAAUAAGUCAUGCA